AUGCCUUACUGCCGCCCUGGAUUUGUUGAGGUCAGAGGUCAGAGGUCAGAUUUAUCCUCCUUCACUCAGCAGCCGGCAUCAAUCACGGUUAUGGAGGGAUCUGUCGCACGAUUCACCUGUAAGAUCACAGCCACGCCCCCUCCAAUCAUCACCUGGGAGUUUAACAGAGUCACUUUACCACUGGCCACUGAAAGAAUCACAGUGCUGCCCAGCGGCGUUUUACAGAUUCAGGGAGUCGAACAGGCUGAUGCUGGGAGUUACCGCUGUGUGGCGACUAAUAUAGCCAGCCGCCGCAGGAGCUCCGAGGCCGAGCUAACCGUGAACGCAGCUCCAUCUCCCAGAGUUCCUCAAAGGCCUCGUAUCACCGCCGGUCCGCAGAAUCUGACCGUGGCGGUACACAGCACGGCUCUGCUGGAGUGCAUGGCGACCGGAAAUCCUCGUCCGCUGAUCUCAUGGAGCCGCGCCGACCAUAAAUCCAUUGACGUUCACAAAACAAAGGUUCUUGGCAAUGGAAACCUGCUCAUAUCCGACGUGAAACCCCAGCACGCUGGGAUCUACUUUUGCCGCGCAACUACGCCGGGAACCAGAAACUACACGAUUGCAGCCGCUAAUAUAACUGUGCUAGCGCCGCCGUCUCUCGUGGAAUGGCCGGAAAGCGUGACCCGGCCGAGGGCUGGUACCGCCCGCUUCGUAUGUGUGGCAGAGGGGUUUCCGACGCCUCAGAUCACAUGGCUGAAGAACGGUGAACCCGUUCACUCGAAUGGACGCGUCAAGAUGUAUAACAGUAAACUGGUGAUUAACCAGAUCAUUCCGGAAGAUGACGGCAUAUACCAGUGUCAGGCGGAGAAUGAGCAGGGUUCGGUUCUGGCCAUGGCUCGUCUGAUCGUAGUGAUGUCGGACAACCGGCCGAGCGCGCCCAGAAACAUCCGCUCGGACACCGUGUCCAGCUCAGCCAUCCUACUGGCCUGGGAGAGACCCAUGUACAACUCAGACAAAGUCAUCGCCUACUCUGUGCACUACAUGAAGGCAGAAGGUCUAAAUAACGAAGAGUACCAGAUUGUUAUCGGUAACGAUACUACCCGCUACAUCAUUGAUGACCUGGAGGCCGGGCGGAACUACACCUUUUACAUCGUAGCGUACAUGCCCAUGGGUGCCAGCCGCAUGUCUGACCAUGUCAUACAGCGCACACUCGAGGACGUUCCCUUGCGUGCUCCUGAGUUGAGCCUCACCAGCCGCAGUCCCUCUGAUAUCCAGGUAUCAUGGCAGACUCUGUCUCAUAAGCUGAGUCGCGGCCGUGUGUCUGGGUACCGCCUCUCGUACAGGACCAGCACAGACGGGGCAGUGACACAGCUGGAGCUCUCAGGACACAAAACCCAUCACCUCCUGGAGGGUCUUCAGCCAGACACCACGUAUCUGCUCCGCAUCGCUGCAGCGACCAGCGUGGGAUGGGGAGAACCAUCGGCCUGGACGUCCCACAGAACACCGAAGGCUUCCAGCACUAAAGUGCCCCUGGCACCAGAGCUGCAGCUGGAGUCUCUGAACUGCACAACUGUGGUUUUGCGUUGGCAUCUCCCAGCGGGAAGCGCCACUGGACUGCAGGGCUACAAACUUUCCUACCAUGAAGAGAGUGAACCAGUAGGACCGCCGACCCAGAUUCCCCCUCACCUCCGCCAGCACACCAUUGGAGGCCUGGAUCCAAGAAAGAAGUACCAUGUCAAGCUCUUGGCCUAUAGUCUCAUGGGUGAAGGAUACCAGGCAGACCAGACCAUCAGCACACCGGGAUGUGUUUCGGUUCGUGAUCGUCUGGUCCCGCCCCCUCCGCCACCUCAUCACGUUUACGCCCGCAGUAACUCCUCCUCCUCGGUGUUCCUGCAUUGGGCCCGACCCGCUUUCACCGGCGGACAGACGGUCAACUACACAGUGCGCUGUAACCCGGUGGGACUGCAGAAUGCCUCGCUGGUGCUGUACCUGCAGGCUGCGGCCCAGAGUCUGAUGGUCACUGAUUUGGACCCAAACACCAAUUAUGAGUUUGCAGUUCGUCUUCAUGUGGAUCAGCUGUCCAGCCCCUGGAGUCCUGUGGUUUACCAGACCACACUACCUGAAGGGAGCGUCACGAUGGCCCUGCUGGAGAAUCUUCAGUCCGGUCAGGUGUACCUGGUGAAGGUCUCAGCGUCCAAUCAGAUGGGAGACGGACCGUUCUCACCUGCAAUAGAACUGACCGUGGCUACAGACGGACACGCCCCCCGAGCACACGGCUCCGCCCACGGCACUGCGUUUUCUGAUGGUUUCUAUCACCUGGAUCAGAGGUCAAUGACGGGGAUAGUGGUGGGCGUGUGCAUCGCUUUAACCUGCAUUAUCAUCUGCGUCCUCAUACUGGCCUGCAGGAGCAAAACCAGGCAAUCAUCCACUACCAAAUCCAUCAGACAAGCAGGAGGACAGACUCCGCCCACUGCUGUCCGUCUGGCCAAUCAGAGUCAAGCUGAGAGUGUGGAGGUGAAGAUGCCCAUGAUGAGGGAUCAAUUCAUAGAUGCAAACGGCGGAACAAAUCUGAUCAUUAACAGCUAUGGACCAGUGAAGCCCACCACUGAGAAGAAGAAACGAAAGAGAUGGAACUUCUUUAAGAGGGAUAGCAAGGAUGUGAAGAGGGUCUCCAGUCCAUCUUACUCCUAUCAUCAUGGCACCACCCUGCUGUGUUACACAGAAACCUCUCCUCAACACCCGCCGUCUUCUCUGCAGGGAUUGUUUGGGCCACCGGGGGGCGACAGUGAGGGCUCUCAUUCCAGCGAGGGCAGCCACGAGACGGGCGACUCGGGACGCUACUCUCACGACGACACCGAGGCGACUAACCUGUCUCUGGGUGUCGGCAGUCGCCUGGCCUCCCUGCACGGCGAGGAUAGCGAAGCGUCGGACGAAACGCCCGUUCACGAGGUUACAGAGAAAGAGCUGCAUCCCCACGUGAUCCUAAUGACGGAAACGACACUUCAGAAACAGGAAAUGAUGGAGCCACAUCCUGUUUAGCAAAAAACCCUUGUGCUCUCUGGCGUCCCCUUCUGCUUAAACGGACUACUGAGCAGUGCUGGACGACCUGAGACAUCC